AUGACGUCUAUUGGAAUGAUUGUCUCUGCACUUCUAACUCCCAAUGAGAAGUGCUGUCUUGAGAACAUAGCUACUCGUAUUAUUACAAUUAACAUAGCUUGUGUUGCGCGUCUUUAUAAGUCCGAGAAUCAGCAAUGGGUCAGAAUUUCUUCUGGCGUUGUUACACUUGAGGACAAUGCAGCCUUGCGUGUUGUGUCAAUUGGCUUUUAUGACCUCAACAAGUGUAAGAAACUGUUCAAAACAGAUUUGUACAAAGAAAUGGAAUAUCGAGAGUGUGGACCUCAGUUUCAUUCCUUCAAUGGCGUGGCUGGCCCUCUCGGUUUAGCCUUCGCUUGUCCCAAAGAAGCUCAUGAUUUGUUCGCCUCUGUUCAGGCCAAACUAAACUCUUCACCCUCAAAAACUGGAAAAUUUGCUAAUUUGGUGCAUAAGGCGAGAGAAGCUGACGUGAAGUUUGCAAUGAAGGAUUUUCAGCACAUCAAGCACGUUGGCAUUGACUCUGAUGGGAAGGAUUUGGAAGUGAAAGCGCAGAAUAAAGAACUGGCCAGGGAGCUGCUUGAGGCACUUGGAGUGGCGUCACUAUCUGAAAACGAAAUUAAAGCUGUCUGUAGCAUGAUUGACAGGUGCGGAGCAACAGAGGUCCAAGAAGCACUGGAAAUGCAUAGUUAUCAGGAGUUAGCAGAGCCAUCCCAGCCCAUACCAGUGUCGACCCCGCCAUUUGCACCACCACCACCACCACCACCACCAAAACAACUAGUAAAUGCGGAUCAUAGUAACUUGCUCGACUCAAUCGUCGGUUUUGAUGCUUCUAACCUAAAACAGGUGAAGAAGGCUGACAAGGUUGAGAGCUUGCCAACUAAAGGAUCUGACAACGUACAUGCAAUUGAAACGGCACUUGCCCAAAUGUUGAAAAAUCGCAGGAUGUAUUUAAAUGAAUACGAUUCAGAUGAAUACAGUUGA